AUGACAAGCCCUAAUUCUUCAUCAUCAACAGAAAUUAUGAGAUGGAAUUCACCAAUCCCAUAUUUAUUUGGUGGGUUAGCUUUAAUGUUAGGGCUUAUUUCCAUAGCACUAAUAAUACUAGCUUGUUCAGAUAGGAAGAAAAAUUCUUCAUCUUCUUCUUCCUCCAUUGAUGUUGAAAAACCAGUGAUCAUUGAUAACAUGGUGGACCUAGACGUACCAAAAAUCGCCGUGAUCAUGGCCGGAAAUGAUAACCCUACAUGUAUAGCGAUACCGACCACCACCGUCUCGGCCACCGCACAGGGUGGUCAUAUGAAUAGUUCUCUUCCUGCUUAA